UGGUUGGGUUCGUUCGUGGGUUGGUUGCAUUGUAUUGUCAUUUGUCCUUUGAAUUCUACCUAUUCCGAAAAUCGAAAAUCAGAAUUUUUUAAUAGUCGGUGAACUAUUUUUUGUAGCAAGUAUAAAGUAUUAAAUUAUGUUCGUCUCAAGAAUUCUUAGGCCCACUGCUGUCCAGCACAUUCGCUUCAUGUCACAACUAGGAGACUUAGGAAGCGGUGCUGGCAAGGGUGGUGGUGGAGGUGGUUCAAUCAGAGAAGCUGGUGGGGCCUUUGGCAAACAAGAAGCUGCCAGAGAGGAAGAAUAUUUUUAUAAAAAGCAAAGAGAACAGUUACUAAAACUGAAGUCUGACUUAAAAGAUGAAAUAAGCUUCCACGAAGAACAAAUUAAGAGACAUCAAGAAGCUAUUAAUCGUCAUAAGUCGAGGGUUAAUGAUUUGGACAAAAAGGAGUAAUUUAGUAAUUUUAAAUGUUGUGUACUUAUUAGUUUGCUGUUAAUUUUCAUCAAAAAUGUCGAGCACUUAUGUGUAAUUGAUG